AUGACGGCGAACCGCGGCAACGAGUUGCUAGGGGUCAACAUUGCCUUUUUCAUCUUGGCGUCUUGCACAGUCUUGAUGCGAUGCUACACCCGCGUCUUCAUCUCCAAAUGCUUCGGGCUCGACGACUGGCUCAUGGCCCUCUCUUGUGUCUUCUUCCUGGGUUAUGUGAUUUGUUCCAACAUGGGAGUCCACUACGGGACGGGCCAGCACCGCGAUGACUUGACCCCCGAAAACUAUGUCACUGCGAAGAGAUUUUGGUUCAUCUGCUACGUCUUCUUCGGCCUUACCAUGAUGACGGCAAAGCUGUCGUUCGGUUGGCUUUUGCUGCGCAUAGUCUGCGUCAAGGAGCAUAAAUGGAUCAUCUACUUCACCUCGUUCUGCGUUGUCGUCGCCGGAAGUGCCUACUUUUUUGUCACCGUGUUCCAGUGCCAGCCAAUCGCGCAUUACUGGAACGACACCAUCUCUGGCCACUGCAUCCCCAUACACAUCUACGUCGCGUUGGCAUACCUAUACAGUGCCGUCAGCGUCGCGACUGACCUAAUUUUUGCGCUGCUGCCAGCUUUCAUCAUCUGGCAUCUACAAAUUCGCUCCGAUAUUCGAUAUGUGUUGAUUUUCUUGAUGGGGUUGGGCUGCGUGGCGAGCAUUGCCGUACUCGUGCGUGUAGCCUACAUGCAUACGUUUUACGAUCCCGAUUUCCUAUGGGCGACCACGGAUAUUGCCAUCUGGUCAACCAUUGAGAUGGGACUGGCUCUCAGCGCGGCCAGCUGCUCGACCCUGCGACCGCUGGCACGGACGCUGGGCUUCAAUAUCGGCUUCACCGACUACGGCUCGGCGGGCAGCGAGGACGCGCACCACGAGCUGCGCCGGGCGUCGCAGCCGGCGGCCAACCGGCGACGGAGCGGGCUGGGCGCCGGCGUGUUCAACGCGUCUGGGACAUCGCAGGAUACGCUCAACGCAAGCCACACGCGCGACAAGUCAAGCAGCUCACAAACGGACGGGAACUACGUCGUGUCGACCUCUGGUGGUGUAAACGAGCUCUCCGAGGCCGACCUUGAGCGGGCUAGAGACGUUUCAAAUCCGUCGCGAGUAGAAGGGGCGAUGGAUUACAGCACAUCGAGAACUUCGGAGAGCAAAAACCUAUCCAGGCAUAUUACCGCGGAACUGGGACCUUGA